AUGUCAAAAUUACGUCUGAUGUUGUUGCAGGUGCAAUUUAACAAUUUUAAUUUUGCAGAUCUCACCAUAAAAUAUAUAAGUUUAAUCGUGCUUGUCGUACAAAAUGCUUCACAAGUGUUGAUAAUGCGAUAUGUUCGAACGCGACCUCGUGAAAUGUUUUUAUCAACAGUUGCAGUUUUUGUUACCGAAGUGGUUAAACUUGUUGUUUGCUUCUUUUUAGUGUGCAUCGAAGAAAAAGGAAUAUGGAAAUGUGUUUGGAGAAUGUAUCAACAAAUUAUUGGUCAACCGGUCGAUACUCUUAAAGUUUGCUUACCAGCUAUAAUUUAUGUUGUGCAAAAUAACUUACUAUAUGUUGCAGUUUCUAACCUACCUGCUGCCACAUAUAUGGUAAUAUAUCAAUUGAAAAUUUUAACAACUGCAUUAUUUACCGUACUUAUACUUCGCCGACGGCUUUCUAUUUUACAGUGGAUCGCUCUUAUAAUUCUUUUUAGUGGAGUUGCACUGGUGCAAACGGAUGAGCAUAAUUCGCGUGAAGCAGCUAAACUUGCUAAUACAACGAUUGCUCGAAAUAUUUCGGUCGAUUUGAAUCAAACGACAGUCGCUCCAGUUCACUUUAAACACAUCACUGAACAGAGUCCAUUUAAAGGGUUUUUAGCCGUAUUAGCCGCUUGUAUAUUAUCAGGUUUUGCGGGAAUUUAUUUCGAAAAGAUCCUGAAGACAACAGAAGUUUCGGUAUGGAUUCGAAACGUUCAACUUGCUAUCAUUUCAUUACCAGUCAGCCUCGCAAGUGUUUUUAUGCAAGAUAGCGCAAAAGUAUUGAAUCGGGGUUUUCUAGUUGGAUUUGAUAUAGUGGUAUGGAUUAUGAUUAUGAUAUCGUCACUCGGUGGUUUAACUGUUGCUGUUGUUAUCAAAUUUGCUGAUAAUAUCCUGAAAGCGUUUGCUACAUCGAUCGCUAUUAUUGCCGCUUGUAUUGCUUCGGCAGUUUUAUUCUCAUUCAGUCCGAGUUAUAUGUUCAUUAUUGGUACAGCGCUUGUUAUUGUUGCAGUCUUCAUGUAUAGCUUGUUUCCAUAUAAAAAGUCUUAUCAGCGAACAGUUACUGAACCUCAGAAUCAAUCUGGAGAAAUGGAAGCUAUAUAA